UACCAUGGGGAAAAUGGAUUUUAACAGUAGAUUCAUGGAAUGAUUAUGGAUUAGAUGGUUUAAUCAAUGUAUUUGCGGAAGGAAUGAAAGAACUUGGAUAUGACACUAAUAUGGAUGUAAAUGGAGAAUCCCAAACUGGAUUUGCAAAAGUGCAAGGUACAAUUAUUGAUGGAAAACGUUGUAGUACUGCUAAAGCUUUCUUAAGUCCAAUUAAGAACAGAACAAAUCUAAAAAUUUCUAAACACUCUUUAGUGACCAAGCUAAUGGUGGAUAAAACUACUAAGACUGCACAUGGGGUGAAAUUUUUGGAUAAACAAGGUAAAGAGAUCCAAGUCAGAGCAAGAAAGGAAGUCAUUAUUUCUGCUGGUGCUAUAAACUCUCCACAGCUUCUAAUGUUAUCAGGAAUAGGACCUAGAAAACAUUUAGAAGAGUUGGGCAUUGAGGUGAUCCAAGAUUUGCCUGUAGGUGAGAAACUACAUGAUCACAUGAUAAUGGUAGGACUUGUGUUGUCUUUUAAUUACACACGAGAAAUCAAGUCAAUUACCGAUCAUAUGUAUGACUUUCUGAAAACAAGUAACAGCAAAUUAUCAAGUAUAGGUAUGUUGGGGUACUCAACUUUUAUAAAUACGCUUGAAAACAAAAUUGAUUUUCCAGACAUGCAGAUACAACAUGGUAACUUUGAUGUGAAUGAUGUAAAAUCACUUGCUUUAGCUUUAGAUCGUUUUGGUCUUAGGGAAGAAAUAAGUAAGCAGUAUCAUGAAAUCAAUUCCAAGAGAUACAUUGCACUGUUACUACCAACAUUGCUUAGACCGGCCAGCACAGGUAAGAUAUUGCUUUCAUCUACAGAUCCCACUGACAAACCACAAAUCAUAACAGGAUUCCUAUCAAACAAUGAUGAUUUUGAAACACUUUUGCGCACAACUGAGUUCAUUUCAAAAUUUUCCUCAACAAAAGCAAUGAGGAAACUAGACACACAGUUUCAUGAGAUAGCUCCACCUGCUUGUACAGUUCAUCCUUUAUCAUCAAGAGAGUUUAGAAAGUGUGCACUAAGACAUCUUACAUCGACCUGCUGGCAUCAGACGUCCACAUGCAAGAUGGGACGUGACGGAGACCCCACUGCGGUAGUCAACCCCCAACUGCAGGUGAGAGGUGUGAGACAGCUGCGAGUGGCGGACGCUUCCAUCAUGCCUUCAGUUGUCAGUGGCAAUAUCAAUGCGGCGGUCAUCAUGAUUGGUGAGAAGGCAGCAGACUUGAUCAAGGAAAGUUGGUUGUAGAAAUAUAUGGUUACAUCUUAUCAAAACUGAUGAAAAAUGUGGUUACAUCUUAAUGUAAUUACACAGGUUGGUGAAUAAAAAAAUUAUAUAAAUUGUACAGACUUAACUAAAAAGUUCACAGUUUUCACUUUAACUACCAUAUUAACUAUCACAGUUAUUCAUAUAUAUAUAUUCGAGUAUAUAUGAAUAUUGGAAAGUUUCCACCCAAAGAAGGCCAUUUUGAAUUUUGGAUAUACUGUAGUUAGAGUUAAUUAGUAAGUAAAAAAUUAAAGGCUGAACAAUCACUCCCUUUACAAUCUUGACAAAAAACUACAAUAAUUAUUACAGCCCAAUACUUUACAAAAGAAAAAAAAAAACAAUCCUUUUCUCAGUGUGUUGCCUGUUUGCCUAUUUCUUCUGUGAACUUUACCUUAUGAAUGGUAAAAAUACCAUAUAAACUUCUACAAUAUUAUAUUUUUAGUACUUUUUUAUGAUUAAUAGCAAGCAAUGUACACACAGAUAUGAUACAGAGCUGGAAAAAACUUGCAAAUAAAUAAUAAAUUGCUA